AAUCAGUAAUCUUGUAAUGAGGGGACUAAUCGCAUAAUACCUCCUUCAUAAAUUAAGCUUAAUCUCUCCCAGUGAACAAUAAAACUCACACUGUAAAAGAGCGAUAAAGAGUGACUCAUCGCUGAGUCUGGGACACGUCUGUGAGGAGACAAAACUGACUGAAGAUGCCUAAGCGCCCAGAUUAUCAGUGGUCUGCCCCAGAGGGGGUCGAGUCUCCAAAACUCCACCUGUACAACUCCAUCACUAGAAAGAAGGAGCUGUUUAAACCACAGAACCAUGUAGUUACUUGGUACAGCUGUGGGCCAACAGUCUAUGAUGAUUCUCAUAUGGGUCAUGCAAGAUCGUAUGUCAGCUUUGACAUCCUGCGGAGGGUGAUGCAGGACUACUUUGGAUACCCUGUCAAGUAUGUCAUGAACAUCACUGAUAUUGAUGACAAGAUUAUUAAGCGAGCUCGCACCAGAUACCUUGUCAAGAAAUAUAAAGAGUCUCAAGUUUCCAAGGAUAAGUUGGUUGAAGACAUUUUCUCAGCUGUGGAACACCACAAUUCCAUCAUUGCAGCAACCACAGAUCAAGAUAAACUCAAAAUGCUGGUUGAGGAAGUGCAGAAGGUGAAGAUUGCUGCAGAUGCAUUACAGAGUGUUGCCAGUUCAGGGAAUGCUUCUGAAAUCAGCAAGCACCAAGAUCAGCUGAUGGCCAGUGCUGAGAGUGUACUGGGUGAAUGGCUGGACAAAGAGAAGGGGAAGGAAGUUACGGAAAACUCCAUUUUCGCAGACUUGCCGCGGCAUUUUGAGAAUGAGUUUAACAAGGACAUGGAUGCUCUCAAUGUACUUCCAGCUGACGUUGUAACCAGAGUGUCUGAGUACGUGCCUCAAAUUGUGGACUACGUGAAGAAGAUUAUCGACAAUGGCUAUGCUUAUGAAUCUUGCGGCUCUGUGUACUUUGAUGUGGGAAAGUUUGAUGCAGAGCCAAGCCACUAUUAUGCCAAGCUAGUUCCUGAGGCCUAUGGCAACCAGGAGGCUUUGGAGGAAGGUGAGGGAGCACUCUCCACCACUGCCACCCAGGAGAAGAGGAGCCCCAAUGACUUUGCUCUGUGGAAAGCCUCCAAGCCUGGUGAGCCAGCGUGGCCCUCUCCCUGGGGUCCCGGCAGGCCAGGGUGGCACAUUGAGUGCUCUUGCAUGGCCUCAGAUGUCAUUGGAGACUCUCUUGACAUCCACACAGGUGGUGUUGAUUUGAAAUUCCCUCACCAUGACAAUGAACUGGCACAAGCAGAGGCAUAUUACAACAAUGAUCACUGGGUGCGGUACUUCUUGCACACGGGUCACCUGCACAUUGAUGGCUGCAAGAUGAGCAAGAGCCUCAAAAACUUCAUAACCAUCAAGAAGGCCCUGGAAGAGACGUCGGCUGCGCACCUGCGGGUAGCCUUCCUCCUGCACACCUGGAAGGACACGUUGGAUUAUAGCUCGAACACCAUGGAAGGAGCCAAACAAUUCUACAAGAUGGUUAGUGAAUUCAACCUGAAUGUUCAGGAUCUGGUUCGUCGUAUUGGAAACACUAGCACACAGUGGAGUAAUACAGAUAUGCAGGUGGAGACAACAUAUAAUAACACAAGAGUAAAUGUUCAUAAGGCACUGUGUGAUAACAUUGACACCAGAACAUCACUAGACCACAUGAGGGACCUCAUUACAGAAGCCAACAAAUACAUGAAUAACAACCAGCAGGUCAACUCUCAAUUGAUGAUCAACAUAAACAGCUACGUCCUGAAAAUGAUGAACAUGUUUGGUGUUACUAUUGGUGAUCAGAGUGGAGGCAGUGGCCAGAGCUCGGAGAAGCUUCUUGCGGUAGCUGAAGUAGUGGGAGAUGUUCGAGAGAAACUCCGUCAGUGGUCUAGAGGAAAGGAUGUAGAUGCCAAAGAACUCCAGGGGAAACUCCUAAGCCUCUGUGAUAGCAUUCGCGAUGAUAUGCUACCUCCGCUUGGGGUCAGGCUGGAAGACAGAGACGGAGGUGCACCAAGUAUUAAACUUGUAGAUGCGGCAGAGCUUAUGCAAGAGAUCAAGCUAAAGAAAGAGCAAGAAGCUGCCAAGAAGGAGGAGAAGGAAAGGAAGAAGGCAGAACAGGCAGCAAAGCAAGCCGCCAAGGACAAGGAGGUGCCCAGUGACCCGAAGGACAUGUUCCGCACCCCUGAAUAUUCGCAGUGGGAUGAGAACGGCCUGCCAACGCACGACAAGGAAGGCAAGGAAAUCACCAAGAGCCAGUUAAAGAAACUUACCAAGCUCAUGGAAGCCCAGAAAAAGAAGUUUGAGAAGUGGCAAGCACAACAGGCGUAGUAUAAUUUAUAAAAAAUUUUUGCUUCCAUGAUCUGUUGGGUGGAAUGUGAUUAAUAAAAAAUAUUCCAACCGAAGUUGAUUUCUUGUCAUUUUACAUGAUUCAUGAUUUUGCAUGAUACCUUGCAUGAUUUCAGCUUUAAAGGCAUAAUUAUGAUAUUGGGAUAUUGGUGAUUGGCAUUUUAUGAUUCAUUUCUUUUUUUAUAACCUCUAAUUCUAGAGCUGAGAGCUAAAAGUGAUUUAAAGGCCAAUGUCAUCAGUGCAUUGGGGGUGCCACUCGAGCAUUUUUUAUAAUUAAAAAAAGAAUCAUAUAUCCCAACGCAAGUCUGAUUGAUACAAGUGGUUGCAUUUUGAAUAUAUAGUGACCGAAAGCUUCUAAAUUGGCUGCUUUUACUAUGCUAUUCUUUGCUUGAAGUCAAUAUGCCAUUUUCAGUUGCAGAAAUAAGAGAAAAUAUAUUUAUAUUUCAAAGACAGUUUCAUUUUUAAGCCAUAAAAUGGUGGAGAAACUUUAGAGAGGGAAUUAGGAGAAGUGGUUUAAACAUCAAGAGAAGUAAAUGUCUUGAUUUAUCAUUUAAUCAUCAAAAAAUAGUUCUUGCAAUUAUUGUUUUGAAACCAUAAA